AUGCGUCUACCGUCCACACUGCAGCACGGCGUCUCGCGUGUGAUGUUAAUCUGUCUGACCCCAGUCAUAGCUUUGGUCAUUCCAAUAAAGCAGGAAACCCUGGGUGCAACAUCUCAUGAUGUUUUUCCGCUGCCGACGCACCCUGUGCUUUCUACCGGACAAACCGUCAUGCUUGACGGUGUUCCGUAUUACUUACCUCCUGAGCCAUUGACUGCCAUAAGCCUACCAGACGAUUAUCAACCAAAAGUCGGCUUCAGCGCUUUGACGGUCUUCAAGCCUGAAUCCCUGCCUUUCUAUGAGGAAGAGCUGGAGGUUGCUGUUGAGAGCUAUUUGCGUCAAGACGAUGUAUUUUCCACCGCAUUCUUGCAAGCCAUUUACGUGCACUCAACUAAAGGCGGCGAAGCACAUGAAAAUGGUGCAUUGUCUCGCGCAGCACUCGCCAAUUACAACACUCGUUUAGUCCUGACUGGGUCGACUGAUCUCCCCCGGGGACCUUAUUUCCUCUCAGCAGAUGGAUCUGUGUUUCAGGCUCUGAGACUCUACUCAGAUACACAAGGCGCAUUUUCUCAGGGACUUGUUGCGCUUCCAGACGGCUCAUAUUCCGCACUGCCUGCUGCUUUACCAGGCAUCUCGGCUGUUGCGGUGCCCUCGCGGCUUUAUUCGGCGAAGAUACCAUCGCAGCCACUGGCAGGCGUCCGACUCGCAGUGAAAGAUAUUUUCGACAUACAAGGCGUCCGCACCUCAGCUGGAAGUCGAGCAUGGUAUCACUUCUACCCCCCGGCGAAUGUCACGAGUCCCGUAGUGCAAGCUCUCGUUGAUGCAGGCGCUGUUAUUGUGGGCAAAGUCAAGACGUCUCAAUUCGCCAACGGCGAAUUAGCAACCGCAGACUGGAUCGACUAUCAUUCCCCCUUCAACCCCCGAGGUGACGGAUAUCAACAGCCAUUCUCCUCGUCCACUGGUGCCGGAGUCGGGGUUGCCUCGUAUGACUGGCUAGAUCUCGCACUCGGAACAGACACAGGAGGAUCGAUUCGAUUCCCUUCGCAGGCAAAUGGCGUAUAUGGAAUUAGGUCGUCUCACGGUGCUGCCUUGCUAGACAGGGUUAUUCCGUUGGCUCCCCAGUUUGACACCGCUGGACUUAUUGCUCGAGAUCCGGCUGUGUGGAAAACUGCUAGCCAGAUCAUUUACCCUAGUACACCGUUCAACUGGCCAGAGUAUCCCAGACGGAUUCACACGGUAUAUACAGACCCAUUGAACGUUUCCGAUCCAAUUGAUUCCAUGGUGUCCGAUUUCCUUGAGCAGUUGGCCAAGCAUCUGUCCGCCAAUAUCACCGACAUUAACCUGCCUACCUUGUGGGAAGCAACUCAUCAUCAUCGUCCAUCAUCUAAUGUGUCAUCAGACCUAGCCGAAGUCAUCGACAGAAUAUAUCCGACCGUCAUUGGCAUUGAGCAGGCACGCCUUGUUCGCGAUCCCUUCUUUGCCGAUUACAAGGCCGAAUUUUCCGGACGACGUCCUUUCGUGAACCCAGCGCCCCGAAUUCGCUGGGCCUAUGGCGACUCCCUACCAGAGGGGACAUUAAAGGAAGCAUUGAGCAACAGAACAGAGUUCCGAGCAUGGAUUGCAGAGAAUGUGCUGCGGUCAAAUCCCGAUUCAUGCUCGGGUAGUCUUCUGGUGUACGUUGAGCCUGCCACUCGACAUCCGCUGUAUCGCGACUAUUAUCGAGAACUGCCAACGAUUCCCUUCGGGCAUGCCGCGAGUAUGAUUAGUGUAUACGCCGGCGUUCCUGAUAUGGUGCUGCCUAUCGGAGAAAAAUCGUAUGCGAGCGAAGUUACGGGUGUCGAGGAGAAAUCGCCCGUCACCGUGGAUUUGUUGGCGGCCAAGGGAUGCGAUGGCAUGCUCUUCCAGUUGGUGAAUGAGCUUGCACGGGUGGGAAUCUUGCCAGAGAUCAAGGCUGGGAGAUCGUUGGUUUCUGGAGGAGAUAUUCUGUUCUAA